GGAGUGGGCUGGCUGGCGUGAAGAGGAGGCCGCGGCCCAGGCUCUCCCCGGCGCCGGCCCGGUGGGCGCACGGCCAGCCUCCGGCCCCGACGCGGUCCCUCCCGGCGCCCGCCCCAGCCGAGGCCCCCUCCCGGCCCAGCCGCCCGCCCGCGGGGGCGUGGGAGCGCCGCGGGAGCAGCUGGGACCCGGGCCGGGCCGGCAGGCGGCGGCGGCGGCUGCGGCCUAGGGCUCCCGCGCGGCCACCGGCCUCUCCCCUCCCCCUCCCGGAAGCGCGGGGCGGGGUCCCCGGCCGGGCCGUGGGGGCGGGCGCGGGGGCCGGGCCGGGGCGGGACGCGCUCGGCGCUCGCGGGCUCGGCGGGCUGUGCGCGCCCACUCCCGCUCCAGCGGCCAGCGCGCGCGGGCCCAGGCCGCCCGGCUCCAGCCCAGCGGCGGCGGCGGCGGCGGCGGCAGUUCGCGCGAGGCCCCGCGCCCCCAGCAGCUCCUCCCCGGCGCCGUGCAUGGAGACGCGGCCCGCCACCCGCAGCUGAGCCCCCGCCGCCCGGCCGGGAACCGCCGGGGCUGGGGUGGCCUCGGGCUCCGGCCGGCCCCGCCGCCCGAGGGUUGCGCGCGGCCCGCGGGCCUCGCCGCCCCGCGCGGAUCGCCGCGGGCCGGCCGUCCCGUGCCAGGAAGUAGCCGUCCUGAGCGCCAUGGCUCACUCCCCGGUGCAGUCGGGCCUGCCCGGCAUGCAGAACCUAAAGGCAGAUCCAGAAGAGCUUUUUACAAAACUAGAGAAAAUUGGGAAGGGCUCCUUUGGCGAGGUGUUCAAAGGCAUUGACAAUCGGACUCAGAAAGUGGUUGCCAUAAAGAUCAUUGAUCUGGAAGAAGCUGAAGAUGAGAUAGAGGACAUUCAACAAGAAAUCACAGUGCUGAGUCAGUGUGACAGUCCAUAUGUAACCAAAUAUUAUGGAUCCUAUCUGAAGGAUACAAAAUUAUGGAUAAUAAUGGAAUAUCUUGGUGGAGGCUCUGCACUAGAUCUAUUAGAACCUGGCCCGUUAGAUGAAACCCAGAUCGCUACUAUAUUAAGAGAAAUACUGAAAGGACUUGAUUAUCUCCAUUCGGAGAAGAAAAUCCAUAGAGACAUUAAAGCGGCCAACGUCCUGCUGUCUGAGCACGGGGAGGUGAAGCUGGCGGACUUUGGCGUGGCCGGCCAGUUGACGGACACCCAGAUCAAAAGGAACACUUUCGUGGGCACCCCAUUCUGGAUGGCACCCGAGGUCAUCAAACAGUCAGCCUACGACUCGAAGGCAGACAUCUGGUCCCUGGGCAUAACAGCUAUUGAACUUGCAAGAGGGGAACCACCUCAUUCCGAGCUGCACCCCAUGAAAGUUUUAUUCCUCAUUCCAAAGAACAACCCACCGACGUUGGAAGGAAACUACAGUAAACCCCUCAAGGAGUUUGUGGAGGCCUGUUUGAAUAAGGAGCCGAGCUUUAGACCCACUGCUAAGGAGUUACUGAAGCACAAGUUUAUACUACGCAAUGCAAAGAAAACUUCCUACUUGACCGAGCUCAUUGACAGGUACAAGAGAUGGAAGGCCGAGCAGAGCCACGAUGACUCGAGCUCCGAGGAUUCAGACGCGGAAACAGAUGGCCAAGCCUCAGGGGGCAGCGACUCUGGGGACUGGAUCUUCACAAUCCGAGAAAAAGAUCCCAAGAAUCUCGAGAAUGGAGCUCUUCAGCCAUCGGACUUGGACAGAAAUAAGAUGAAAGACAUCCCAAAGAGGCCUUUCUCUCAGUGUUUAUCUACAAUUAUUUCUCCUCUCUUUGCAGAGUUGAAGGAGAAGAGCCAGGCAUGCGGCGGGAACUUGGGGUCCAUUGAAGAGCUGCGAGGGGCCAUCUACCUAGCGGAGGAGGCGUGCCCUGGCAUUUCCGACACCAUGGUGGCCCAGCUCGUGCAGCGGCUCCAGAGCAACUUCCUUAGAGCUCUCUAGCUUCUGCCUGGCCAUUCUGGUAGCCUCUGGAAACAUCAUCAAUAGGCACAUCCAGCGGCCCUUGCUCCCCGGCACCCAGCGGACGAGCCUCCUGCCGCCCCGCAUUGGGUCCAUCCUGGCCUCCAGCAUGUUACAGGCCCUGCAUGCCGCGACUCUCCUGUCCUGCACUCGGGAGGCCGAGGCCAUGCUGGUGGCUCUCAGACCUGUCUCCAUUCACUGCCUUCAUGAGAGGUUCAACAUCCUUGUCCAGAACGAGACCAGCCUGCCCUGUCUCCUCGUGGCCCUCCACUGGGGCCUUUGCUUCUCUCCCUUCUUGGCCCUCAUCCCCUCGGACCCUGCUGUGGGUUGAAUGCACCCCCCAACAAGACAAGCUCAAAUUCAAACCGAUGGUGGCCUCAUAUGGACACAGGGUCUCUGCAGAUGCAAUCGAGGUCAGGUCACUAGGAUGAGCCCUAAGCCUAACGUGAGCCAUGUCCUUAGAAGAGGACAUUUGAGCACAGAUGCAGGGAGGACAGUUGGUGACAUGGCAGACCGGAGCCCUGCGACAUGGGUAGAGCCAGGGACCCCCGAGGAGAGAACUGCCGCAGCCACCAGACGCUGUCAGAGGCGGGGCCAUUGUCCCUCAAGGCCCCCUGAAGGAACCCACCUGCCAGCAGCUUGAUUUUGGACUUCGGGUUUCUGGCACUGUUAGAGAUGUUUCUGUGGCCUCACCCAGUCUAAGGGUGCUGUGGGAUGCCACGGGGAACAAGUAUAACCCCCGUGCCCGCCACUCCCUGGCCUCAGUGCCCCUUCCCUCCUCCCAGUCCUGUCUGCACUCCGUCUGCUGAAGAACUGCCCUGCUGUCCCCCGUCUCGCCACUCCAGCCUUACAAGACAACUUGCAUUGCUUUGCUUCUGGCCCUUCACUGGCUCUAGUGCCCACGGGCUGGGCAGCCCUCUGGCCAUCCCAACAUCUGACCCUCCCGUGGGAGCCCCCAGACCUGCUGGCUUGCCCACAACUUUUAGCAGAGGCCAUUGAGUCCACACUGUCCCCAGAUACGCCCCUUCCUCACGUGUGCCUGCAUGAGUCAGAUGGGAGCGGAACUGGAAGAGAGGCUGGUUACAGGACUGUGGAGAGGAGGCUGUCAAGUCAGGAGGAGAUGGAGCUGCUUCGUCCUCUGUCAUGCAGGGUGGAGGCCCUGGGGACGGCUCAUCUGCGAGUCAGCGAGCAUUUAGCGUCUGGCACGCGAGGGCCGCCUGCCACUGACACCAGAUUGACGCCACACGCCUUGGGAGGGGGCUUUCUGGCAAGGAUGGACAUCUGCAAAGUGAUAGAGCAGCCAGGUCCCUGACUGUACUGGGUGGUCACUGCCACCUUGAAACCCCACUGGCCGGUGGCUCACUCUCCUGCUCUGCUAGGGUCAGCAAACUUUUCCUCAAAAGGCAGACGGCAGAUACUGCAGGCCAAGGGGCAAAACUGAAGACAUUAUUUACCAGCCAUUAAAAAAAUGGUAAACCCAUUCCUUGUUCACAGGCUGUAAGCCAUCAGGCUGGGGCUAGAUCUGGCCGGGGGCCAGUCUGCCCCUGACCCAGUGCCGUGACCUGAUCAUGCACACGGAAGGCUGCGACCAUGUAGAUUUGUAACCCAAAAGAACUGGGCUGCAGGUGGCUCUGGCCACCUGGAUCCCACUUGGGUAUUUCCUGCCUUGUUGAACGGCCUGGGUUCCUCCAGGUAUUUAAAAAGCUUUGAGGCCUAUGACAAAUAGGCCUUCAGAGUUGCACACAUUGCUGAGGUCAGAAUGAAGCAAGGUCAGGACAGUUCCUCCCCAACGGUGGUGCCACACAUUGACUGGCUUCGUUUCAGACACACACCCACAGGUGAGAGCUGGUGGGCCUCUUUUCCCAUGAGACUAUCACGGGUUCUUCCCUGCUCCUCUGCCUGGGGCUCUCCUUUUCUGCUGUCAUAAUCCCCAUGCCCUGGGAGAAGCUCAGACCCGCAAGCUUUGCGCAGGCCUGGUGGAGGUGUGAAGCUGGGGAAGAACGUUUAGCGCUCUUCACACUCGGGCUGUCAGGAGGCAGAAGGGCGGCCCGGGGAGGGAAUAUUCACACCUGCACACUCAGGGGAACCCUGUGGGACAAAGCCUUGUGUGUGGGGCCAGCUGGGCUGUGCCCAUGGGGGAGCCAGGGCCUGCACCUCGGAUGUGUCCCCUUGAGGAUGUCUUCAGAAGCAGGCCUGGGCUUAGAAACACUGGCUUGUAGCAGGAAACUCAAUAAAGGCAGGUCUGAGCAAUGGGGAAGGUCGUUUCCAGGGAAUAAAUUCCAAGACUCCCUCGAGACCCUCCACGAAGCACUGCUGGCUCAUCCCUGCUGCUGUUGGUUCCAAGAGCAGCAAACUCCUGUCCCGGCCAUAGUCUCUUACGUGACACUGUUUGGACCAGGCCCGUGUGGGAACUGGACUUUCUGCAUUUUAGAAGGUGAAUCCUGCCUCUACUGCAGCAGCCCCGCUGAGGGCGCGGGGGCAGAGGCUCCGCAGUGAAACGUGGGCAUUCACAUAGAACACAAUCACAAUGAUGGAUGGCCUCGCCCCAGCUCAGGGCAGGGUCCACUGCCAGUGAGAGAUGAAGAAAGCUUUCUUGUUUUAGACCUUCAUGGGUCUGAAGUGUUCUGAAACACAGCUAUGGGCCUGGACUGAAGAAUGUUUAGGGAAUGGGUGUUAGGAAAGGAUUCAUGAUCUGGGAGAGACGCCAUCUUCAAAGCCAGCUUUCAGGUGGUAGGAUCAGAAAAUAAUACCCUGAAGUGAAAGGCUCAGAAGCCAGGCCUCCCUGAGCACCUCCUGCCUCGCCCCUUUCCUCCCCCAGGCAGGCCACAGAAACUAGAAUUCCUCUUCCUUAAGGCGGGUCAUUGAAACCAGAACCUCCCCUGGCCAAAGCCAGCCACAAAACCAAAAACGGUGACCCUAACGGUUCCCCACCGUUCUGUGUCAGAGCUGGCUAUAAACUCACUCCCCGGCCCACCUUGUGUGAGAAGAGGGUCUAAGACGCCCACUGCGGAAAGGGUCCCACCCCACACCCAGCAGCAAGGAACCCUGCUCAGAGAGGCCAAGUGAACCCAGAGGGGCCCUGCUGGGCUCCUUUCACCCUCCGGCAUUAGCUCUCAGCCUGUCCCAUCAGCUCUACUCGGCCACCCGCUCUUCACCCAACCGAAGCGUACAAACGACUGUUCGCCAGACCCCUGAGUCUUCAUUCUGAAGGCUCCCAUGUCAUGUCAAAUGACGAUGAAAUAAACUGGUCAUGCUUUUCCCUUGUU